AUGACUGAAUGGUCUUUGGAUUUCUGCCUGGUCUGUGAUCGUCAGACCUUGGGUGCUCCCUACUGCUCCCAAACGUGCCGUCUAGCGGAACUAGACGAGAUAUCUGGAACACGAAGAUCGAGUACGGCAUCUACACAUUGGUCGGAAAUCAAAGCCCAAGUCGCCAAUACAGACCUAUCGGUCUCCUCAUCCCAAACCUCCCUCUCGUCACUAAAGAGCAAUCCAUCGAAUGUGGCCGACCGACUCCAAGAUGAAUUACGGGAUUAUGCAUCUUGCUUUGACCAAGUGCGCGACCUGAAACGACGUAUGACGACCACCUAA